UGAGCCUGAGUGAGAGGCAUUUCCGAAAUUUGAUUUGAAAGCUCCCGCUAAAGUCCACACCAAAAUCUACGCGGUUAAUUUGAAGCUUUUAGAAGGAAACAGCGAUGUCCGAUCUCCGACUUCUAGCUAUGGAGUUUCUCAUAGAAUCUGCUCAUCGACUUGAAGUUACUCCGAUCGUCAAAUACACUGCAUUGUCCCUCUUCGCUGAUCGAUUCUAUCCUUCUCUCUCCAGGUUUGGGGGACAACACAACAAGGGAAACUGGCUUUUGCAACCGAUAACACAAAGCAAUUUGCAGCUAUUUGCACUUGUUUCUACAUGGAUUUCCAGCAAAAUACAUGAUUCUUGUCCAUUGUCUAUCAAGAGUUUGAAGACCUUGGGAGAUAAAAGCAUCAAAGAACAACAUUUUACAGCUCGAGAUUUCUUGGAAGCAGAGAUGGUCUUUUUGCAGGUAUUGAAUUAUGAGAUUGGUGCUGGAAAUAUUGCUUUUGUUUUCCUUGAAGAGCUCCUAGCUCAAUUCAGGGGAGUGGCCAAAGUUGGGGAACUUAUCGAUUUUGAGGCGUGUAUGGAUAUCAUGGAUCUUCUCUACGAAAAGGAGGAGACAUCAGUUCUUUAUUGUUCUCCUCGUUCUCUCGCUGCAUCCACCUUGGUUGCUUCAUAUGUUAUUACUGUCCCUACACAGAGAUGGAGGUUUCCCGUCCUUCCUUGGCGUGCAGAAUUUAGCCAAUCCCACACCUUGGUUGAGUAGGUUAUAAUUUAGUAUGACCACAUUGUGAUGCUUACUUUCUUGGAGGUUCCAUAAAUUUGCAACCUCUAUAUAUGGUAUAUGCAUUUUGUUCCUUCAACUUCUUCUUUUGAACUCUAAGCGCUGGUCUUCUUUUAGUUCUCUAGAUCCCCAGAAAUGGAAUUCAGAGAAUUAUGUUUCCAAAUGGAGUAUAAUACCCUGAUUUGAAGAUAUCAUGGCACUAUAAAAUUUUGACUCAAUUUUCUUUUUUGGGUAGACAUUUUGUCAACCAUGAAACUGUUAUUGACCAUUAUUUGGGCUUGAAAGUUAGUGAGUUGCACAUUGAGCCUUGAUGUUAGUCAGGCCCAUUUUCCUUAAUUGAAACUUGUAUUCGAGAUUUUUGUUAACCGGUGCAAAUCAAUUCCAAUUUCUUGCCCUAAUAAACCGAGUACUUCCCUUUCGUUGGUACUUUAGAUCUUUAGGCCAACAAAAAUUGACUACUGACCACCGGCCAUAUCAGAUACUUGAUUUGGUGGUCCACCACCAAUUUCAGCCCUUGUGGAGUAUGGUCCAUGCUAUCGUUGGUACAUAAUCCAUAAAAAAUCACCGCUGACACACCCUAUUACCAUUGUAGAAGAUAAUUGUCACUAUAAAAUUUCAACAGUCCUUUUCUUUUCUUCCUUCAUUCUUCAGUUUGGUUCUUGCCUUGGCGGAUUACAAGCUGUAUCCACUAUCCAGAGUACCCCAACUUAUGGGUCCCAAUCAAAGUUUCUUUAUUCAAAUUGGCCUCUCUUUCGGUAAGCCGUAAUGCCAAUAAGAAUGCAUCCAAAUCUUCUGUACCAUAAAGCCUACAUUGGAUUUAUAUGCUCGAGUCGUCAUAUGUAAUGUUUGUCUCGCAUGCAAGGAGCACUAGAGAACCGCAAUCCAACUAAUACACAAUGGAAAACACGCACAAUGUUUUGGGGGUCGUUGUCAUAUUUGAAGUUAAAACAACUCAAAACUUUUCCAAUUGAUUACAUUUUGGAUGUUUUAUUUGAUAAGUCACCAAUCAAUGGCAUUAUAGAAAACUGCAUCAAGAAUCAAACUUCUUAAAGAUGACUAGAUAAGCUUUGUUUUCAUGAAUAUCUAAAUUCUCACAUGUACAAGUACAACACUGAAUGAGCAAAUUUUAUCUAACUUAUUUUCAGACAAUUCCAUUGGCAUGCAAGAACUUGCACACGAAAUCAUUUUAAUACUUCCUUUGUGUAACUUCAAUUUUUUUUUUUUUAUUAUUUUUAUCUCCUUAACAGUAUAAACUAUACUCCACUAACGUGAAAUGUAUUUUUUUUUCUUUCAAGAAUUUACAUAUGAUGAGUUAUAUGUUGCUUAAGAUUCACAGUAGGAAGUGACCAGGAUCAUCGAUGAGAUCAUAUGAUUCACCAGUUUUCAAUGGUCCCAUUUAUUCUGGACUAGUCGUCUCCUUCCUGGAUGUGUUUGAUUUAAUAGGUAGGUAAGGUUUUUGGCUGUUUCUGUUUAGAUGUCCCUUCACCAGUACCCAUAAGUUAAUAUGAUACAAGGGCUGUGCAAAAUAGCCAGCCUGUAUACAGUUGUGUAAAAAAGGAAAUCAAAGGGUCAAGAUGGAGAAAGGCCAAAUUCCCUAAAAUUUUAAUUUGGCCUGAUUAAGAUACGCUUCUUACUUUUGGUCAGUUUCCCCUUUUUCAAUCAAUAAGGAAUUUAUUAUAUAAAUAAAAUAUUACUAUUGAGUAUUUUGUACUUAAUUUCUUUUUGAAUCAAAUUGUAAAACUAAAAAAAAAUUCCCAAUAAAUGAAAAGACUCCCCCUUCUCUCCAAACAAAAAUUCCUUGUUCUUAAUCAAACCCACCUCUCCAAAGCAAAUAUUGCCCUCUUUUGUUUUAUUUACUUUUAUAUUAGUAACAUAAGAGAAUUUGGUUCGGGUGACGGAAUUGCCUGAAUUUUUUCUUGUUAAGCUAUUACACAUUUUGAUAAGAAACAAUAAUUGUAUUCAUUAUACCGAUGCAUAAUAUAUAAAUUGGGGGGCCCAUCAAACUGGAAUUUUGGCUUGGUGAUGCAUGAAACUUUUUUUUUUUUUUUUUAAUGCCAAAUUUUUCCAGGAGAGAACCGCAUGUGUGAAUAUCAUUUAGUGAGUAGGUAUGGACUUGUAUGAUUAAGGAAGAAGAUGAUAAUGAUGAUGGUAGGAUGGAUUCCUUCAACAGCCUGUCGAUGACUCUGGUGUAUAUUGGAUUUUAUCCACUGCGAACAGACAUAAUUUUUGAUAUUGCUAGAUCGAUUAUCAUAACAUAGAAAGGACUCCACUGGACCGACCGGUGCCCAGUUUUAGUUGUCUUACUUCCAAGGAAGAUGCCAUUCUUGCUUCUCCACCUACUCUACCUAGUUGUUCGGUGCUUACUGUAUUUCUAUUUUAAAUAAUGGUUAUCAUUAUUCUGUGUUUUCCUGCUACAGUAUUACUCUGUAUCAUAUCAUGUUAAUCAUGCAAGUGCCGCCUAGCCUCCUCAGAUGUUUGAUCCUUGCAUUACUUCUACUUUCAAUGUAUUCAUUCUCUCUCUAGGUCAAUUUCUAUCCAUCUGUCCAUUGAUCACAUGAAUUAUUAUUAUUUUUUUAAAAAGACUCGUGAUUUUGUCAUUCAUGUGUUGAAUGCUUAGACUAAUAUUGUAUAGUUAAAAAUUACUAUUUAAUGGUGCAUAGGUGUAAAGCUUGUCUUAUUUGAAGCUUCCUUUGGCUAAAAACUAAUCCUAUUCAAAACUAUACUAUUAUGGUAUUAUCUAAGUUUAGUCGAUAUAUAUGGUCAUAAGCCAAAUCAACCUGUGUUUGCUGCAUCCUUUAUCAAAAAUUUUCUAGUAGAUCAAUGAUUACACAUGGCUAGUCAAGUGUUUACUAGAUUCAGUUAAUGUUUUUAACUGCAUUGGGUGGGCUCCACCAUGAAUAUGCCGAAAAUUUUUUUCCCUUAUCCAUCUCUCAACCACAGGAGAAGUAAUCUUCAAUGAAAAAAAAAAAAAAGUACACUAUAUGUCAGCUCCCACGUGUGGAAACUUCUGUAAUCUCCUAUAUUAGUUAUCAAAUAUGGUAGCAUGUGAAGCCUUUAAAUCUGAUUUAUUGGAGUUUAAGAUAGAUAGCUAGUCGAUUGUCCAACAGAGAUACGA